ACCAUUAUCGCCAAUGCAACAGUUAGUCACCAUCCAACAUUCGUUUAUGAGACAAGUCUUUCCACGGAAGGUGUAGUUUUCGUUGUCAACCCAAUGGAUGUGUUUGGGCCGAAUUGCGAUGCUGACGCCGUGGACAACAAUGCCCGAAUAUUAGCGCAAGAGACAUCGACUUCCAACAUAAUUUCCUCGUCGGUCGUCCACAGCAUAGAGAUUGUUGAUGAUGCGCACUACGAUAUGCGACACGACCGGCGUGGAGUAGCAGUGAUAUUCAAUCAUAAGCAUUUCUUGCACGAACCCGUACGCCAUGGUACGGAAACGGAUUGCAACAACAUCCGGGAAGCGUUGCAAAACUUACAGUUUGAGGUGCGUGUGUAUGAUGAUCUGGAGCGUAGCGAAUUAACUCGAGUGCUCGAUGAGCUGGCAGAAGAGGAUCACAAGAACCGGGACUGUUUGCUGGUGGUGAUAAUGACACACGGUGAGGAUGAUGUGCUGUACGCGAAAGAUCGCACCUUUCGCGUUGAUCGCCUGUGGGAAAACUUCAUCGGAAAAGCCUGUCCGUCGCUGCUGGGCAAGCCGAAGCUAUUUUUCAUACAGGCGUGUCGAGGACACAACACCGACACCGGUGUUCGGCUGGAAAAAUCCAACAAACAGGCGACUCGAACUGAUGCUACAACCGCUGCAAGAGAACUGCCCGCACCAAGCAUACAGCCGGGACGAUCGAAGUCGAUACAGUAUGCCAUACCGUCGAUGGCCGAUUUGUUGGUGAUGUACUCAACCUACAAAGGUCAUUACUCGUGGCGUAAUCCUAGCCGCGGAUCAUGGUUUAUUCAGGCACUUUGUGAUGAGCUACGGAUGCACGGAAACAGUAAGGAGCUGCUGCAUCUGUUGACCGCCGUAUCGCGCAAGGUGGCAUACGAAUUUCAGUCCAACGUUCCCGAUGACAAUAGUUUGAACAGCAAGAAACAAAUGCCCUGCAUUGUGUCAAUGCUUACGAGGCUCGUUUACUUUCCUAAGAAUUAAAGCUGCUGUAUCGCAAAAACUACACAAACAAAAUGUGAAUAAAGCUGCAUUCUGUCUGUUGCGUCCAGCAACAAGCGGACCCAGGAUAGUAA